AUGCCUCCUAAGAGAGGUCGCAGCGGCCAGACGAUGGCGGCGGCGGCGACGAACCCAGGCUGGGAGGACGGGUUGAGGACUGCGCCGUUUGAGGAGGGUUCAUGGAGGGCCUGUGUGUCCCUGGUGGUUGGGGGAGCCCCAGCAGAAGAGGAGCUGAUGGGGGCUCUACAGCUGGCCGUGCAGCAGCCCCAACGCAGGCUCUUCACCCUGUUGAGUCGGGCGGCUGUCGAGUCCACGAUCCAUGACCUGGGAAACCCCAAAGCCAAGAGGCCCAAAGACCUCCCCAUGUUCUACGAGGUGACGGAGACAGCCAAGCUGCUGCUGGAUGCAGAUGAGGACGUUCCCUGUGAGCUGAUGGCCUUCGUCCUCAAGUUCCAAAUGCUGCAGGUCAAAGCUAGCGACGAGCACCGGAGGGCUGGCCGGCAGAGUGGAGUUGAGCUGUUCUUUGUCCCUGAGGGCUCUGAGGAUACGGCCCAGAGCAAGGCCGGCCCCGCCUCAGCCUCCAAGCGCAAGCCCCCGGAGAACAAGGCCCAGAAGGGCGUGGCGCCGGAGGCCCCGGGCCCCGAGAAGCAGACCCAGCUGAAGAGGAGGGGGGAGGUCGUCCAGACCGUCCAGUACAUAGAUGAUGAGCCAGAGGACGGGCCCCAGCACUACAUCCUGUUAACGGGCUUCCACCAGGCCCAGCUGCUGCCCGCCCUGGAGGCGCUGGGCGUGGCCGUGGACCAUGUGAUCAAGGUGGAGCGGGAGCACGCUCCAGAAGACAGGGACCCCUCAGGCCAGGGUGGGGAGCGGCCCGGGACGGCCCAGCAGCUGGAGGAGUUCUGGUCCACCCUGGGACGGGUCCUGGAGGGGGGGCCCGUCCGCUCUAAGCUCCAUGACCUGGCUCGUCUCAGCCUCACCGUGGGGGACCGCUUCAAUGAUCCUGGAGCCACGUUGGCGUUGGGAGGGUAUAUCUUCGAGGGCGUGGCCUGUCUGAUCUACGCCUGGCUGGCCCAGCAGAGAGAACAUCAGAACUACCUGGAACACCUGCACCUUACCACCAUACCUACUAUAAUUGAUGAGAGUGUCCAGAACUCCAGAAGGGAAGACGCUUCGAAGGUCCUGAGCAGAGAUGUGGACAUGCGUUACUAUGACAACCUCCUGGAGCAGCUGCCUCCGGAGGCCUGGUCUGUACCCGUCAUCUUACACUGCAUGCUGGAACAGGUGGAGAUGUUUCCUCCAGAGGAAGGAGAAAGUGUUGCUGAACCUGAGCUCACCCCCGCUCCCCCUGGGAUCCACCGCGGCCUGGCCCGCUGCCUGCUGGAGAAGUUCUUACCCCUGGCUCGGAGCCAGGAGGAGCGGAGACGCAUGCUGGAGCACCUCCUCCCAGAGGAGGAGAGGAGACGCAUGCUGCAGCACCUCCUCCCAGAGGAGGAGAGGAGACGCACGUUAUCCCCAGGCCAGAAGCACAGCAAGGCGCCUCAUGGGUUGGACCCCAUGCUUGUGGAAGGGUCCAUGCUCCAGUCUGCCCCCGUGUGGCGGCUGAUAGGCUCUGCAGCUCAGAGGGGGACCAGCAGAACCACCGCCGCGUUCAAGCAGCAGCUGCUCCACUACUGUACCAGUGAGGAGGCCUCGUCGUCCACAGUGGAGCACCUGUUGCACGGCAGGCUGCUGGAGAGCAUGCCUCUAGCUGCAGUUGACCAGCAGGGGGCGCUGAUAAGGAACGACCCACCUGCCAACGGCAGACAGCCGCCACACGGUGCACGGCCUGAAGCACCCUGUCCUCCUGCCACAGAUCAGACCUUUGUUACCCAGGACCCCGACUCCCCAGAGAACACAUCAAGUCUCUUGGAGAAGUUGGACAUCUUCCAGAAGGGCCGGCUGAGAUCUUUCUCUGAGCACCGCUACGCUGAACACCACGACCCCAACAUCUUCCCCCAGGUCCUCCAGGCUGCGAUGGACGCAGCCCUCUGCCUGGACUCCUUCCAGAGCCCCCUGGACCAGACUCUCUAUGUCGUCUGUCACAGUCCCCGGAGCUCCCAGAAACGCUGCCACGAAUCCUGGGACACCGUUCUCCACACUGACGUGGCCUUCAGAAAGUACCAGGAACACGUGGCCAACGUCAUCUCUGAUUGGACGAGACUGGAGGGAACCAAGAGAGAGGCGGAGCAAACCAGGAACAUGAGGCUCCUGGAGCCACCACAUGACGCGCCCCCCGCCCCUGAGGAGAGCUCCCCGGAGCCCAGCCUCAGAGAAGACUCCCUGAAGGACCAGCCCCCAGGAGGCCCCACCGCAGGGCCCCCAACCACAGGGCCCCACGACCAGACCGCAGAGCCCCCAACCACAGGGCCCCCAACCACAGGAGCCCCAACCGCAGGGCCCCCAACCUCAGGGCCCCCAACCGCAGGGCCCCCAACCGCAGGGCCCCCAACCGCAGGGCCCCAGGACCAGCCCCCAGGCGGCCCCACCGCAGAGGCCCCCGCUGGGCCCCACGACCAGCCCCCGGGGCCCCAUGACCAGCCCCCGGGGCCCCAGGACCCGGCCGCAGGGCCCCAGGACCCGGCCCGAGGCUGCCCCCCCAGCCCUGUGUUCCGGGGUUACCGUAUGGACGGUCAGCUGGUCCAUGUUUCCGGACGCCUUCAACACCUGUUCCCUUCAGACGGGGGGCGCGUCACAGUGCACAGGGUCCGCUUUGUGCAAGGUUCCAGUCUCAUUCAAGUUGCUGUGAAGAAGGACGGCCAUCACUUCAUCACCCACCGCAUGGAGACGGAGUCGGAGCAAACCCCUCUGGAGGAAGACCUCGGACCUCCAGGCAGCGACGGUGUGGAGCCACAGGGAUCCUUCUCAGCUCUUCUGGACAACGGCGUCCGUCUUUCUUUUCGCUACGAAGGCAAAGCUGGAAAAGACACAACAGGGUCUCCCUGCUGCCCAGGCGGCCUUGACCUCCCAGCUGGGCCUACGGUCAGUACCCUGGACCCAUCUCCACCGCGCUGCAUCCCUCCAGCCCCAGCUAGCCCCCAGCUAGCCCCCAGCCCCAGCUAG